AUGGCUGCCGCUGAAUUUGUGCUGGCCUUGGUGGCCAUGUUGACCGUGGCCUGCUUCGUGACGGAGUUUGCCCAGGAUCACGAGCGCGUGGAUCGGGCCGACUGUCACUCAAGUCUGCGGCAAACCUGCGAGUCUUACUGCUUAUCCAACAGCGCAUGUAGCUGGGACGGGCCCUCCGAUUACGAAUGGACCUGCACUGAGCACCAAGGGACCGACAUUCGCAACACGUCGUCUUCGGGUGGCUGCGGGUCACGCCAAAUAGCCUCCCUGUUCGACAUUCUGGCCUUUGAGCUUCUGAUGCUGUUUGCUCUCCUGUUUCUGCUCCUCCUCUGUUUCCGUCGUGCUCGCCGUGGCUACUAUGCCCAGAUCGUGGACCACGAUGGUCUCGUCGUUCAUGAUGACCGGGAUGAGGUCGGUCUGGGAGCCUCGGGUGAUGCUUAUGCUGCCGCUGAUAGCACACUUCCCGCUACCACACCGGGAACAUGGUCAUCCGAGCGCACCGGCUGGCUCACCGCGGCUCUCCUUGAGCUGACCGUCAGUUUGGGGGCCGUGGGCCAUUUGUCCAACCUCAUCUUCCUCAACGCACACCAGACGUACUUUCACUGCAGCAAGUACACGACCGCCGAGCAGUGCGCCCUCGUCGAGCCUGGCUUUUGCAGCUUCAACAAACACACAGCCACCUGCGAGUCCCAGGGCUCGCUGUUCAGCUCGACAAGCAGCUUUGAUAGUCUCUUCUUUGCCUACAUUGUCUUUAGCUGCGCCGCCAUCUUCCUGACCUUUGGACACGUACUUCUCACCGUCUUACUCGUCUUGUUUGAGAGCUACAAACUCUGCUGCGGCCAAGGCCCCGAACGCCAGACCUUGGGCCAACUCAUCGCCCGCUGGCAAUGGCUGGCCCUUGGUACCUUUCACCGAGUGUAUCUGGGAGCGGUCUGGGACACUUGGCACAACGACGAUUCUCCGACUCGCCGGCGCAUCGUGGCUGCUCGCCGCCUUGGUGACUAUCGCGAGACUGUCUACUGCGUUUGCGUAGCCGCACCCCUUGCUCUACUCUCCAGCAUUUGGUCACAUCGUGCGCAGCAGCCAGACAACGCCUCCGUCUGGUUCAUGAUCAUGGCCGGUUCGCUCGCGAUUCUCUUUCGCCUCUACACGUUCAGCCAGAGCCAGCAGCACAAGGUCCCGCCGUCUCACACUACAGCACAGGACGACGCCUUUGGAGGCGUAGGGGACAAGGAGCUGCUCAUCCGUAACAGUGGCGCCAAUGAUCAAGAUGCUUUCGCCUAA